AAUUUGUAUGGUACAAAAAAGUUAGUGAUGCAUAACUGUGAAAGUCCCCUCUCGCUCUCCUCAGCCAGUCAGCCUGCCGGGCCAUCACCACUCACCAGUGUCUCCCCGCCCCCACCCUGUGAUGGCUGCUCCUGUCAACCCGCUGCUGAACUCCGUCUGCAGGGAGCCCGACCCCGCCCCCCUCGGCUUGCAGCCUGCCCUGCUGCUGCCCCCCGCACGGCACGGCACUGACGGCAGUCCCUCGGCCUCAGCGGCACAGCCAGGACCUACCCUCCCUGUGUCUUCCUAUGACCAUGUGGAUCUGCAGGCUCCUGGCACAACCGAAGAUGUGUUCUUGAGUGAGCCCCAGCCCCUGCCCAGCUUUGCACCCCCCAGCAGCAGCACCUGCAGCUCCCCUACAGCCUCUGCACAGACGAUACUCUUCACCACACCCCCUGCCUCUCCCCAAGAUGACAACUUCCCUCCCGCCCACAGCACCUCGGUCCUGCCUCCCUCCUUUGAAAACAUGGCAAGUAAUGGGGGUGAGAUAUACCACCCAGUGCUGCACCACUGGUUCUACUCUUCUGAGCUUCAGGGGUGGAAACCCUUCACAUUCAAUGACUCCUUCAAACUGGAGGAAGCCUUCAUGCAGGGGAGUUUAGAACCUGUGGCAACUGAGGGUGGACGGCAUGAUGUUUACAUCCAGGAGCGGAUACGAAAAGCUGUGUACUGGGAGGAGAAAGAGCCUCCACCUGUUCGCCGGUGCAGCUGGUUCAGAAAGAGUGCCCUAGACCAACACCCACAGCCCUACACUGAGGAUCUGGCAGCACUGCUAGAAGAGGAGUACCAUGUCUGUGUAACAAGUGGACAGUGGCACAGACAGGUGACACUUCCUGAUGGUGACAAGGUAAUGAUUCACUCUCCCAGAGCCAUCAUCCAUUACGUUGGCAUUGGACUAGAAGGAGAGUUCCCCACUGCUGUGUCUGUUAAUGGUUCACAGGCACCACUCACAGUGCGCCGUGGAACAGAGGACUUCGAGAUAGAAGAUGGGGAGUGUGAGCUAGUUGACCACCUGCUGUUUUUGGUGCAUGGCAUUGGCUCUGUGUGCGACCUUCGCUUUAGGGCCGUGGAGCAGUGUGUUGAUGAUUUUCGAAAACUGGGACAGAAUUUACUAGCAACUCAUUUCAAACAGUCAAAGGAUAUGGGAAAGAUAGGAAGAGUGGAAAUUCUUCCUGUUUCAUGGCAUAAGCUUAUCUUCAGUCCAGAUGGCAACAGGCAGAAUGCAGGCAUACAGCAGCGCAAGGCACUGCAUGGAGAUGCUACAGGAAUUGAUGAAAAACUAAAGCCUAUUACACUCCGGUCAAUUCCCAAACUCCGAGAAUUUACAAAUGACACAAUACUUGAUGUUCUUCUUUUUAACAGCCCAAUAUAUUGCCAGCACAUCAUGGACACGGUGGCCUCAGAGAUAAACAGACUGUAUGUCUUAUACUGCCAACGUAACCCAGACUUCAGUGGGCCCGUUUCUCUUGGAGGCCACUCUUUAGGCUCCGUAAUUCUCUUCGACCUCCUGAGUCAUCAAAAAGCUGAUGCAGAGGAAAGUUCAGCUAAUAGUGCAUCAUCUACAAAGGAUGACCAUUCAUUUUGCGACAAGAACAGAGCCAACUCAAUGACCUCACCUGUGGACUAUCUCAUGGGAGCAUCAGGCACUGGACAGCCUUCUGUAGUGUACCCCAGGCUCUCAUUCAAGCCUGAAGCCUUCUUUCUCAUGGGUUCUCCAAUUGCAAUGUUUGUGACAGUCCGAGGCAUUGACACCAUUGGCCCAGACUUUGAGCUGCCCACAUGCAAGCGGGUGUUUAACAUCUUCCAUCCAUUUGAUCCUGUUGCAUACCGCCUUGAGACUCUCAUUGACCCCACUCUGACAAAUGUGAGGCCAGUUCUCAUCCCACAUCAUAAAGGAAGGAAAAGAAUGCACCUAGAAUUGAAGGAGACAAUUGAAAGGGUUGGUUCUGAAUUCAAACAAAAGAUUGUUGAUUCCAUCCAGGGAACAUGGAAUCGGCUUUACCAGAUAUACAGUGGAACCUCUUCCCAAUCCAGCAUUGACCAACAGGUGGAUGAGGCACUAGCAGCUCAGUUGUACUUGGGAGAGGAAGAAGGGACACCCAGCACAGGCAGCAGUGAGCUAGCCAUCACAGUGGGUCAUCUAAAUUCUGGCCGGAGGAUAGACUAUGUGUUGCAGGAGAAGCCAUAUGAGAGCUUCAAUGAGUACAUCUUUGCUCUGCAGGCACAUGUUACCUACUGGGAGUCUGAGGACACAAUGUUGCUGAUCCUGAAGGAGCUAUAUGGUCCGCAAGGAGUCCUGGCAGAUGCAGAGAAGAUCCAGCCACUGGCCAGUGCCCACCAUGUUCCUGAUGGAAGCUCACCCUUGAGUUCACCAUCUACUAGCCCUCUGAACCAGCACAAGGCAGUGUCAUCCAUUCCAGCCAGCCCAGCAUCUGAACCUAGUCAGCCUAUUCCAAUGUUUACCACAAAUGAUGCUGUUCCAUUGCUCUCUCCCCCUCAAACAAGUGAAGCUGAGUCUUCCUCUCAUACACCUCCACCACCUUUCUCCAACUUCCAGCCCCCACCUCCAUCCACCUCUCCUUUUACUCCAUCCCAGUCACCUCUCCUUCCCCAUCCACCUGCACCUUCAUCCCAAUCUCCUCUUUCUUCAACACAACCAAAUAUUUCUGCAUUACAACCUCCACCUCCUACAUCUCAAUCACCCAUGCCUCCUCCACAACCCCCUCUUCUUCCACCUCAACCUUCCCUUACACCCCCUCAGCCUUCCUCUUCCCCAUUGCUUCCAACGACUCCUCCCAGUGGCCCUCCACCAUCUAGAGGCCAGCCCAGAGUUAUUGGAGGGCGACCAAUAAUGGAAUUGUCAGCCCAGACAAUGGGAAUGGAUCCAACAGUGCGUCCAAGUGACACAAACCCAAUUGGACCUCCACCAAAGCUACCAGGAGUGAAUUUUCGAAGACCCUCACCCUUUAAAAGAUAAACUUAGAUAAGAAUGAAUCCUAGGAAUAGAGAUGGUAGAUGAGUGUGUGCAUGUAUGUCUGUGUGUGUAAUUCACCAUGGCCUGAUCACGAGUUGGACUCGCUUUUGCCAGCAGGUACCCUCAUGACGUGAGCAAGUGCUCAUUUUGUCGAUCUCUGGGUACUGCCAGGACCUCACACCCCACACACCCCAUCCCCCUUGCUCAAGGGGGGACAGUAACCACUCCUAGUCAACGGAAAGAAUCCGGCCUGAGCGGGGCAUGAACCGCCGCCUGUUUGGCCUUGCCUUGCAGCGCUUCGCUCUAACCGAUUGAACUACCAGAGCAGUAUCAGAGGGGUGUGUGUGUGUGUGUGUGUGUGUAUAAUACCCCAAAUUCCACUUUUUCAUCAUCCACAUGACCUCUGCGUGUCACAAAACACACGAGAAAUUGAUCCAGAUCCUGAAAUGGAGAAACAAACAUUGCCGAUCUUGGGGAUUGAACCCACGACCAGCCAGAUGGGAGGCCAUUCCUCUAAUUUCCAGCUAAACAGGCACCCCCUUCCCCUUAGCCAGGUGUAUUUUGUGGGCUUGUCUGCAUCAGGCAGGUAGGUUACUGUCUGCAGGGGGGGGGAAGAGAGAGAGAGAGUCAGACAGACAGACAGACGAGUGAGAAAUGUGUAUAAUAUAGUCCAGACAUUAUGACUUAAUGAAUGUCCAUGACAAAUGUGAUUUUGUAAAUAAUGGAUGUAUAGUACUUAAUAUGAUAAGCAGUUUGAUAAGUCAGGUAACCCCCAUGGAUUAUCAAGUUCCAGAAUUAAAAGUUUUAAGAAGGGUUUAUAUAUAAAAAUUAUAAUUGAAAUUCUUAUAGUUUCCUAGUUUCCGUAGUUGCAAAAAAUAUUUUUAUAUUUCUUUGCUUUUUCGGCAUUACAGCAAAGAAAUAAUUAUUUGUGUUCAGGUGUUUUGUGUUGGUGGAUAUAUGUACAGUUAGCAUAUACUAGAGGGAGCACCUCCCCUACUUGGUGUUGCUCUUUUUUGUGUAAGGGUGUCUAUGGUGUGAUGGCAAGGAUCUGAUAUUUUACAGGUCUAAAUCUAUCUUCCACCUACCAGGAAGUGUUACAGGAAAUAGUAGUUAUUAUCCAUGCACUUUUUUUAAUACUUUAAACAAUAAUAAGGAAGUUAAGAAUAUAAAGAAUAUUAUAGUAUCUACAUCAUUUUGGGCCAAUAUACAGUCAUAAUGGUAUCAAAAAUGACUAUG